GGCUUGCAUCUGGGCCGAAUAUGUGCACGCAAAGGUUAAUUCUCUGCCUGCUCCCCAUAAAUUACGCAUGACAUGUUUAGCUGGGCUUCCUUAUAUGGAGAGCGCCGUAUUUCAGGCCAGUUUGCCUUUUUGCCAAGUUUACAGGGCGGAAGACGCCCUGCCCGAGAGGGCGCCUACCCCCCGCCCCCCACCGUUUUGUGGUGCGUCACUCAAAGCGGUAAGAAAAGUAAGUGCAGGCGCCGUGCUCUCUGGGUGGAGCCGCCGCUGGUUGAUUGAAUUGUUUCCUUGAGAGGGUGAAAGGUUGGUACUAAGAAGUGCCUUUCCUGACGUCUCUGCUGCUUGGAACCGCUUCUAGAGCAGUCUCUGCUUUUGCCUUGCUUGCUGCCAGCUAGACUGUGACGACAGCACAUCCACCCUCCACCUCUAGCCCAGACACCCCCAUUUCUACUUAGAAUCAAGAGAAAAGCUCUAAGUAUCUGGCAUUGCCCUAGGCUGCUUUAGUUUUUUGAACGAAAAGUUUUGCUGAAAAAAGUAAGAUAUCUUCUGCCAGGAAAUCAAGGAGGAAAACAAAACAAAACAAAAUCAUUUUCUCGAUUUUGCUCUAAACUGCUGCAUCUGUCUAUGCCAAACUAAUCAAUACCGAUUGCACCACCAAGCUCCAUUGCAAAUCCAGCUGUGAGGAGAUUCCCUUUCAGACAACUUUGCUGAGAGCAGCUUGGAAAAUCGGUGUCCAGGGGUCUGCCACGGUUUCAUGCUUGCAUUUUGGGCUCAAAAUUGGCACUGGGAAGGGGUUACUGAGAGCACAAGGCUGAUUCCAGGCCCUCCUUUUAAACGUUCAUCUACUUAAGAUCCUAGGAUUUCUCUAAAACAAACACCAAAACCUCUUUGAAUUAACAGUUUCAUGCUGUGAAUUUCUAGUGGGAGAUCUUUUCCUUGAUAUCGACAACACAAUUUUCCAUGUACUUUUAAAGCAGGGAGUGGGGGAAACGUAUUUUGGAGGGGACGUUUUCAUCAUCAUUUUACAGUUUUAUCAGUUCAGCAUUCAGCAUUUUUUUUUUUUUGGUAGUAGUUUUUUUUUUUUUUUUUUUUUUUUGAGGGGGGGUUGGGUUUGUUGGUUUCACUGAAAAAUUUAACUACCUGUAAAAUCUAAACAUGGCUGUGAGUGUCGCACCGAUUCGGGACACAAAAUGGCUAACACUGGAAGUCUGUAGAGAGUUCCAAAGGGGGACUUGCUCGCGGCCAGACACGGAAUGUAAAUUUGCACAUCCUUCGAAAAGCUGCCAAGUUGAAAAUGGACGAGUAAUCGCCUGCUUUGAUUCAUUGAAAUCUUCAGACGUUAUGCUUAAGCCUUCACAUUGGCUGUUUUCUGCUUGUAACUCAAAUAUAACAAUUCUUUUGGAAUCAGGUCAGUUUCUACUCAGGGUUCAUCCUGUUCUUGGCGUUUUUGAUAGAAGUUGGGAUCUUUACAACAAAGAAGACGGAAAACGGCGUCAGAAGUUUGGUCGUUGCUCCAGGGAGAACUGCAAAUAUCUGCACCCACCCCCACACUUAAAAACACAGUUGGAGAUAAAUGGGCGCAAUAACUUGAUUCAGCAGAAGAACAUGGCCAUGUUGGCCCAGCAAAUGCAACUAGCCAAUGCCAUGAUGCCCGGUGCCCCAUUGCAACCCGUGAACUUAAUGCACCAAUCAUUCCAAAAAAGAGGGGGGGAUUGCAUUUCGAGGUGGGAGGGAUCUCCAUAUCACAUCGGCAGUGAUACCAAUUAUCAAUUCUAUACAGUUGAGCCAAUGUUUUCAGUUGCACCCAGCUUAGCCACCAAUGCAUCAGCAGCCUUUAAUCCCUACCUGGGACCUGUCUCCCCAAGCCUGGUUCCAGCAGAGAUCUUGCCGACUGCACCCAUGUUGGUCACAGGGAACCCUGGGGUCCCUGUCCCUGCAGCUGCUGCAGCUGCAGCACAGAAAUUAAUGCGGACAGACAGACUUGAGGUAUGUCGAGAGUACCAGCGUGGCAAUUGCAACCGAGGAGAAAGCGAUUGUCGGUUUGCUCAUCCUGCUGACAGCACAAUGAUUGACACCAAUGACAACACCGUCACCGUGUGUAUGGAUUACAUCAAAGGGAGAUGCUCUCGGGAAAAGUGCAAAUACUUUCAUCCUCCCGCACAUCUGCAAGCCAAGAUCAAGGCUGCCCAAUACCAGGUCAACCAGGCUGCAGCAGCACAGGCUGCAGCCACCGCAGCUGCCAUGACUCAGUCGGCUGUCAAAUCACUGAAGCGACCCCUCGAGGCAACCUUUGACCUGGGAAUUCCUCAAGCUGUACUUCCCCCAUUACCAAAGAGGCCUGCUCUUGAAAAAACCAACGGUGCCACCGCAGUCUUUAACACUGGUAUUUUCCAAUACCAACAGGCUCUAGCCAACAUGCAGUUACAACAGCAUACAGCGUUUCUCCCACCAGGCUCAAUAUUGUGCAUGACACCCGCUACAAGUGUUGUUCCCAUGGUGCACGGUGCUACGCCAGCCACUGUGUCCGCAGCAACAACAUCUGCCACAAGUGUUCCCUUCGCUGCAACAGCCACAGCCAACCAGAUACCCAUAAUAUCUGCCGAACAUCUGACUAGCCACAAGUAUGUUACCCAGAUGUAGAAUUUUCAUCACUAAACAAUCAUACUAAAAAGGAAAGGACAGUGUGCUUGGUUAGAGUAAAGGACGAGGUCAUUAGCCAUAUUGUAUAUACCGUCCAGCAACCCCCACAAAAACCCCUCAGCCACAAGACAUCCACAUAUUGCAUGUUAACCAGAAGAGAAGACAACAUGGAAACCCACUGCACACUGUUGCCUAUACACUUUGUACAUUUAAUUGAUAUUCGUGCUGAGGUGAUAUACCUGUCUCUAAAAGAACAACAUCGUCUUUCUUUUCUAGCACAGAGUUAUGCAUUAAAAGAUGCAUACCUAAUUAGUUUCCUAAUAGAUUCAUGCCAUCUUGAAAAGACAGACUAUGGUGUAACCACGAUUCUCUUAUGUAUUGGUACGUCUGUAGACCAAGGUAUAAUUUUUUAAAAAUAAGUUUAUUUCUUUCAAGGUUUACAAAUAACAAAGGUGCACCUUGUAUUUAAAAUUGCCAUUAGAGGUGAGAGCGUGCAUGCACAGUCAUUUUUGUUUAAGAGUAAUAUUUUUAAUGUAAUAGAUUGUAAGAUGCGGCGAGGGAGGGAUCUGACAGAGAUGAAUGUGCCAAGCAAAACCACAACUGUGUAUCUUUUAAAGCACAUCAUGGCUUUAAGUACCAUGUUGUAAAGGAUUCUCAUGAAGUGCCAUAGACUGUACAUCAAAUUAGAGUAUUAUUUCUUCAGUGUUAUUGUUUUCAGAGCCACCUUUUGUUGCUUAUUUGCUAGUACUAAUCAGUCAAAGGGCACCAUUCUUUUUUUUCUUUUUUUUUUCUUUUUUUUGGAAACCAAAGCUGUCUCAGAAAUGGCCAAUGUAACCACAGUAACAAUAGAACAGCACAACACAAUUUCUCUCAAUACAGAUAAACUCACACAUACUGGAGAUAUAUAUAAUAGAUUAUAUAUAUAUAUAAUUAUUUUAAUGCAUUGUAGUGUAAUAUUUAUGCAUAUUAUACUGUCUAACAUGAUAUUCAAAAGGGAUAUGCCAUUUCUGAGACACGAUAACAAAAAAAAAUGUUUGAGGAAAUUAUUUUGCUUCUAUUUAUAGCUCUGUCAAAGUCAAAAGACUAUAAAUGCUUUGCAAAAAUGGUUCCACAUUUGCUUAAAUGCUUCACCACAGUCACGUUGAAAAUAGUGACUCUAAACAAAGAAGAAAGCAGCACUGUCAUCAGAUGCAUGAUAAACCAAAAUAUGAAAACGGGAGGUGUUUCAUUUACCUAGCAAUCGGGUGGGUUACAUACUUGGGGGGAUUUUAUAUGUGAUUUCUUUUUUUGUUUGUUUGUUCAGAUUAACUGCUUAUAGCCUUAGAAAGCCUUUUACAAAAUUAUAAAAAAAAAAUAGAUGUGCAUUCAGUUUUUAAGAAUGGAUUCAUCCAAAGGAAUUCCCUUUUUGUGGUUUGGGUGUUGCAGCUAGUAAGGGUAUUUUUGCUCUGGUCAGCAGUUCUGCCAGCUGCUGAAGUAGGGGCCAGGUCACUGGUAGUUAUAGUGUGGAAUGGGAGAGGUGAAAGUUCAGUUGUAGAACUUUCCAUACUUCCAAGUUUACUGCAAGUUUUUAUGCUUGAGAGAGAUGCUUUCUAAUAUAAGACUGAUGUGUUGAUUUUACUGAUUGUACUGUACAUCUAUUAAAGCCUUAGAUUAUUACAUUACGGGUUGGAACCCAUACCAAUGUAAUUUCAAUCGUGUUAAGAGAGUAAUGGUGACUUCACAUGUUAUUGUAGUUAGUUACAUUAUAGAAUAUUACUUAUUUUUCUUGUUAAAAUGUAGUUUUUCAUUUCCUACACUUAUUAGAUUUCAUUUUGUAUUAACAAUUGAAUACCAUUUCAGUUUAUAGACUCUUGUUUUAUUAGAUUUUACUGAUGAAUUUUUCAAAAUACAAAAAAAAAACUUUAAAGUAGUUUUUCCUUCAUAACAUACUCAGUUUUGAAUUACAUGUAGUGUCAUAUGAAUAUUCGUAUUAUUGUUAACUAAAUGAUUUAUAUUUUACUGAUUUAAUAUUAAAGUGUAAGAAUGUCAGUCAUUGUUAGUUCUUGUCUAGUUUUCAUUAAAAGAACAAAGAUCUUUUAUAUGGAUAUCUUAUAAAUAUAUAAUCAUUGCUAAGUAAGAAGUUAAGUUGUUGCUAUCGCAACAAUCCUGGCAGACAAUUGAGUAAUAUUUUGAUGAUUUAUUUUGUUUGUAAUUAGUUAUUAUAAGAGGAUCUCUAGAACCUAGAUAUUAGAAUAAAAUUUAUUUUCUACUGUAUCCAUUUCAAAUGUUAAAGUAUUGUUUAAUAUUUUUGAAAUCCCUGAAUAUCAGGCCUUGUUAUAAAUAAGCUGCAUAAUCAAUAAAUAGAACAAGGGACUUUUUGUUGAUAAUCCAAAUACUCAAAGUUUACGUAAUGAGAAUUAAAGCGUGUGUGCAAACUCUUGAGGGUUGAUUAUGCUGCAAUUGAGCAUGUUGGGACGUCUAGAGAGAAGGUUGACUUUUUGCACUUCUGUAUAUAGUCAAAAGAGAGAAACCUGUAUAAUAGUAAGAUCUUAUUUUGAAUAAAAACGUCUAUAAUUACAAGGAGUUUUGUUAAGGCUAAUAAAAUGAGACUGAGCAAAAUUGCUUGCAAAAGUGGCACCGAGUUAGCACUCCGUACCCCUUCAAACAUUUGCUUUGCUUUUUGUGGACAGCUUGUAGUUUGCCAGGAUUUUUUCAGCUGGAAAGAUAGGCCAUCCUUCCGAGAUCUCAUGACUGACAAAAACUCCACUGGGCCAAAUCUGCCUGAAGACCAUUACCAAAAAUAGCAGGUACUUCAACCAUUAAGGUGAAAUCAUGGAUCAGAUAUUCCUUACAUUUUUCAAAACUACUGCAUGUUUAAAGCUUCAACGACAACAACAAAAAGGAGAGAAAGAACUAUACUAAGGACGUAUUAUUCUAAUCAGUUUCUGCCAAUUUCAGUGGUUUAUUGUUCACACGCGCACACACACACACACACACACACACACACCAAUCUUCAAAACAAGUAAUGACUUUCACAAAAUUGAAACUAUAAACAGGCAAACCAACAGCACAGUGUAGCUCUAGUUGUUCUGUGAUUGUUUUUUAAUUGCUGUAGCAAGCCUGUUCUUUCAGCAGGUGAAAAGGUAAAACACAGUUCAAAGUUCAUGGUUCUAAUUUGCAACUCAGAAGCACUCAAAAAGUGAAUGUGGUCACGGGCACUUGUUUAAGGAAUCUGUGUAGCCAGCCCUCGCUCCCGCUGGCUCCCGCGUUGCACUUACCGGAAACCCCACCCCUUUCAUCUGCUGACAGGACAGAUGUGCUUGCUUUUACUCUUAUGUAAUCACAACUUACUUUCUGCUUGUAGUUGCUUACAAUUAUGUAUUUUGUCUUGGGCUGCGAUUUGUUUUACGCUUCUUUUAUUAUUACCGCAGUAGUUGACUUUGCUGUAUGGAAAAAUAAAGUGAAAUUGCCCUAAUAAAACUUCUCUUUCUUAAGUA